AAUUAUAGUUUCCAUUUUUUUGUAAAAAUAGAUCAAAUUUGUCCCUUUUUAUAUAACACACAAGCUUUCAUUUCUUUGAAACCAAGCCAUUCUUUUUUUUUAUCUCUCUCUUGUAUUCAUAUAAAUAAAGUUAGAGUUUAUUGUUUCUAGACACAGAAAAAGAGAGAGAAAAAAAAUGGGUAGAGGAAGAGUUGAAUUGAAGAGGAUAGAAAACAAGAUAAACAGACAAGUAACUUUCUCAAAAAGAAGAAAUGGUUUGCUCAAGAAAGCUUAUGAACUAUCUGUUCUAUGUGAUGCUGAAGUUGCUCUCAUCAUUUUCUCUAGCCGUGGAAAACUCUAUGAAUUUGGAAGUGUUGGCACUGCCAAAACUCUUGAGAGAUACCAACGCUGCUCUUUCAAUCCUCAACAAGAUGAUCACCAAAUCGACGGCGAAACUCAGAGUUGGUACCAAGAAGUGUCUAAGCUGAAAGCAAAGUAUGAGUCUCUUCAAAGGACUCAGAGGCAGUUGCUUGGAGAAGAUCUUGGACCUUUGAACAUAAAGGAGCUGCAGAAUCUUGAGAAACAGCUUGAAGGUGCUUUGGCACAAGCUAGACAAAGAAAGACACAAAUUAUGAUCGAACAAAUGGAAGAGCUUCGCAAAAGAGAACGUCAUCUAGGAGACAUGAACAAGCAACUAAGACUCAAGCUUGAAGGAGAAGGGUUUAAUCUUAAAGCAAUGGAAAGCUUGUGGAGCUCAAACUCAGUUGCUGGAAAUAGCAACUUCACCUUUCAGCAGCCAUACCAACCCUAUGUCUAUGACUAUGGAUAUCCAGCAGAACCCUUUUUGCAAAUAGGAUACCAACAAUACUUUCAAGCUGAAGCAUCCAAUGCUUCAAAGAACAUGGCUUGUGAGACUAACUUCAUGCAAGGAUUUUUCCUUUGAUAAUUAUAAUUAAUUAAGUAUAAGGUUUACCUUAUAUAUUGUCAAUAUAUAUAUGCUUUCUAGAUUUAUGAUUUGGCAAUUACUAUUAUCAGAACAAAAUUGUAUCUUUGUGACAAACUGCAGACUCCUAUAGUUGUAAUUGGAUACAUA